AUGUAAUAUAAGCAGCCGCCUUUGUGGAACGCGUUACCAGUUUCUGCUCGGAUUCAAAUUCGGCUCUGGCACGUCUGUUCGUUUCCUCCAUUUCUUCUCUGCGUGACGAUCUGACCACCCCUUCAUCUAGGGUUUCGCCUCCGGUUUGAGAUCGUCCUCUUUGCAUCUGGCUCGCUUGGAAGCUGUCAUGGCAAGUGUGAUUAGACAUCCUGUUGGAGCCUUUGCUCGCCUAAAUUCCACCGGCGGAUCCGAAAUCUACGGCAACGGUCUUGGUUUUGUGCGCCUUCCGUCCCUAUUUCAUGUCCCUAUUCGGCUAUGCCCUCAGGUUUCUUAUUCCAAACUCUGGAACAAGAAAUUGCGAUCCAGAUAUGGUAGAAGCACGACAGUUAAAGCAUCCAUCGAUGCGGAGUCAUCUGGAUCGGAUGAUCCUAUUGCUCCUCUUCAGUUGGAGUCUCCAAUUGGGCAGUUUUUGACACAGAUCUUGGUUAGCCAUCCUCAUCUUGUCCCUGCUGCUGUUGAGCAACAGCUUGACCAGCUUAAAAUUGACCGCGAUGCUGAGGGGAACAAGGAGGCUUCUGGUUCUGGUACUGAUUUAGUUUUGUACAGGAGAAUUGCUGAGGUGAAGGCAAAUGAGAGGAAAAAGGUUUUAGAAGAAAUCCUAUAUGCUUUGAUUGUACAGAAAUUCAUGGAUGCUAAUGUUCCCCUGAUAUCUACAAUAACCCCCUUAUCUUCCGAUGUUUCUGGCCGAGUUGAUACUUGGUCUGCUCGUGAUGAGAGCCUCGAGCAUCUUCACUCGCCCGAAGCAUGUGAAAUGAUUCAGAACCACCUUGCUCUCAUCCUUGGGAACAGGGUUGGUGACUCAACCUCAGUAGCACAAAUAAGCAAACUCAGGGUUGGCCAGGUCUAUGCUGCUUCAGUGAUGUAUGGCUACUUUCUUAAGCGAGUUGAUCAGCGGUUUCAGCUGGAGAAGACGAUAAAAGUUCUUCCAAACACGUUGAAUUCAGAAGAGGGUGUAAUUCAACAGGUUGCUGGAGAGGACGUGAGACUGAAUAUGGGAGAGAACUCAUCACCUGUUUCACCACAUCCUGAAAUCUCUUCCUGGCCCGAUCAUGAUGGGGACAGCUUUGGGGAAUUCGGUCGAGGUAUAAAAGCUUCUAGACUGCGAAGUUAUGUCAUGUCCUUUGAUGGGGAGACACUUCAGAGAUACGCAACAAUAAGAUCCAAAGAAGCUGUCGGCAUCGUCGAGAAGCACACGGAAGCAUUGUUUGGUAGACCUGAAAUUUCUUUAACAGCUCAGGGAACUAUCGAUCCUUCGAAAGAUGAAGCGUUGAAAAUUAGCAUUGGCUGUUUGAAGGGAUUGGUUUUAGAAGCUGUUACUUUUGGUUCGUUCCUCUGGGACGUCGAAAGCUACGUGGAUUCAAGGUACCAUUUUGUUGUGGGUUGAGCUAAUAACUCCAUUGUGCCAUAAGUAUAUGUUUGUUCUAAUAACAGGAAAAUCUGAGGUGGUUAUACUGUAUAUUACUCACUACUUAUGUGAUCCUGACUGAAAAACUACAGAAAUCUAGUGGGAGAGUUCAUUUUGGGUUUUACAGGUAUGUUCUUUUUCUUGCUUU